GACAGUGGUUUGCGGUUGGGGGUAGCAGUCGACAAGCUCAGGCUGCCAGGACGGGCCAGCGCCCUGGGGGCGCGGUCGUGAGGAGGAGGCGCGAGCCCCACGGCGCCCCGCUGACACAGCCUCCACUCGGGUCCGCGUAGUUCAUCCCGAGUGCGGAGUGCGGAGGCGGGCCGGGGUCUCGGGCGCCGCGUCUGGGUCUAGGCUGGGACAGAGCUGCGGGGCGGCGCUCCCCUCCCCCAGCCUUCGGCCUCCCCGGCGGCAGCCGCCGCCUCUUGUUUCCGCAGGGGCCGAAGGGCGGAAGGGGCGUCACGUGCGCGCGGCCCGGGGGCCGGUUGGUCCGCCCGCAGGGGAGGGGCCGCGCGCUACCCGGGCGGGGGCUGGGCUCGGGCCGGGGUCGGCGGCUCCGUAGAGCCCGGACGCGAAAGCCGGCAGCAGGGUGCCCCGGCGGCGGCGCGGAGCCGGCUCUGCCCGCGCGGUGGCCCGGGGUGCGCGCCAGGUCGUCUCACGGAUCCCGGGUCCCCGGCCCUCGAGGCGAAGCGUCCGCGGGGUCCGCGGCGGGGGCGGUGCCCGGCCAGCCAUGAGCUCUCCGCCGCCCGCCCGCAAGGGCUUUUACCGCCAGGAGGUGACCAAGACGGCCUGGGAGGUGCGCGCCGUGUACCAGGACCUGCAGCCCGUGGGCUCGGGCGCCUAUGGCGCCGUGUGCUCGGCGGUGGACAGCCGCACGGGCGCCAAGGUGGCCAUAAAGAAGCUGUACCGGCCGUUCCAGUCCGAGCUGUUCGCCAAGCGCGCCUACCGCGAGCUGCGCCUGCUCAAGCACAUGCGCCAUGAGAACGUAAUUGGGCUGCUGGAUGUGUUCACACCCAAUGAGACCCUGGAUGAUUUCACAGACUUUUACCUGGUGAUGCCGUUCAUGGGCACCGACCUGGGGAAGCUCAUGAAGCACGAGAAGCUGAGUGAGGACCGAAUCCAGUUCCUCGUCUACCAGAUGCUCAAGGGGCUGAAGUACAUCCAUGCUGCUGGCAUCAUCCACAGGGACCUGAAGCCCGGCAACCUGGCCGUGAACGAGGACUGUGAGCUGAAGAUCCUGGACUUCGGCCUGGCCCGGCAGGCAGAUAGCGAGAUGACUGGCUACGUGGUGACCCGGUGGUACCGGGCGCCUGAGGUCAUCUUGAAUUGGAUGCACUACACACAGACGGUGGACAUCUGGUCAGUGGGCUGCAUCAUGGCUGAGAUGAUCACAGGGAAGACGCUCUUCAAAGGCAGCGACCACCUAGACCAGCUGAAGGAGAUCAUGAAGGUGACGGGGACGCCUCCCCCUGAGUUCGUGCAGAGGCUGCAGAGUGCCGAGGCUCAGAACUACAUGAAGGGCCUCCCCGAGCUAGAGAAAAAGGAUUUUGCCUCCAUCCUGACCAACGCGAGCCCUCUGGCCGUGAACCUCCUGGAGAAAAUGCUGGUGCUGGAUGCGGAGCGGCGGGUGACGGCGGCCAAGGCGCUGACCCACCCCUACUUCGAGUCGCUGCACGACACAGAGGACGAGCCCAAGGCCCAAAAGUAUGAUGAAUCCUUUGAUGACGUGGACCGCAUGCUGGACGAGUGGAAGCGUGAGUGGGGGCUCUGGGCAGGGCCUGUGGCUGGACCCCACCAGCCCCGUGCAGGUGGCCAGGGCUCAGAGUCCUGGGUCCCCCCACCCUGGGAUGCAGGUUAGGUGAGGAACACAGUGGAGAUCGGGGCAGCUGGGCUUCCGGGCCAAGGCCACCUGAGCACUAGGCCUCUCCCGGCCCCCAGGCCUGCCAGCGUGCCUCCCCACGUCUAGGCCAGAGGCCGGGCUACCCCGGAGGCCCUCAGCACCCACUCCCCCAGGCCUCUGCUCAUACCUCUUGAAUCUUCUGGCCUGUGUGCACCCCUCCUACCUAGACAGCUGCACACCCCUCUCGUCCUGCCAGCAGGAUCAGGUCCACUCCAGGCAGCCCACAGCACCUCCCCUUUCCUCACUACCCCUCGCCCGUCCCCUCUAGCCCCACUGAGCACUUCAGACCUCCCUUUACCUGUGCUCUGCAUCUCCAGGCUUUGCAUUGGCCUGGAGACCGAGGGCCCCUCUCUUCAUCUCUGAGGGCUCCCGGCACCUGCUCAGCCUGAGGCUGGGCUGGGACGCCUGCCCAGUCCCCGGGCCUCCCUCUGCUGGGGCCCUGACGCCCCAUGCUGGAACGGGCCUUGUCUAGCUCCACUCCGGCACGGCAGGCAUCUUCUCUCGGUGGCUGCGGGACCCACCUGGGGGAGCAGGGACGUCUGAGGGCAGCAGUUAGCGCCGACGGAGCUGUGGCACUGGUCGCCACUGUCCUAGACCCCGUCCUGGCUGUGCCGCAGACCUGGGGCCACGGUCCUGGAUGUGGGGGGUGGGGUGGGGCUGGACGCGUUGUGCUUCUCAAACCACAUCUUCAGGGUCAUCGGGGACCCCCGGCAGGGGCUCUGCCCUUAUCUGUGCUGUGUUUUGUGCUUGUAAGUUCUCUGUUGCUAGAAAGAUAACAAGAAAACCGAAAACCAUGGGCCACAGGAUCCUCUUUGCGGUCUCCGCCACAAACUGUAGUGAGAGCUUUUGCUUUUACUACAGACCAUGGUGGACACGUGGUCUGUUUGUGGUUGAGCCCCUGGUCAGGAAUGCAAACUCAUCACCUCCUGUUUCCCUGGGAAAAGCCAGCUUUAUAGCAAGGACCUCUCCACACAAACCUUCCCUGUGUGGAUGGGCCCCUGCACCAGGGUUAGACGAGGGCCUGGGAGGCACCCCACGGGGUAGGAAUACAACUGCCGUGUGCUGGGCAAACCACACAGACCACCUGCUCUAAAGGCACAGUCCUUCCUGAACUGGGCUUGUGGAGUACCAGUGGUCCCCCAAACGGGCGUUCCUGUGGCCAGGUGAGCGUGGGCACCCUGGGGUAGGUGGCGCGGAAAUGUCCUUUUUCUGGCUGCUCAGAGGGGAGGCGGAGCAGCACCCCCCUUCCUUUGGGACGGCUUGCUCUGGGCAUGGUGCAGGGAACAUGAGCACUGGUGAGGAAGCUGGAUGCUGCAGGUGGUUGGUGGGAAUUCCACACUCGUUUAUAAAUUUAUUUAUUUAUUUAUUUA